AUGGACUCGCGCCUGGAGAAGAAGUUGGACUCGGUCCGCAAGCGUAUCGCCGCCCACACUUUCGAUGGCGAGGACGGCGAGGAGUACGGGGGAUCUGCGUUUGGUGGCUUCACCGACUAUUUCCGGCGCAAGAGGAUCAAGCUGCAGAACCUCGACGCCGCCACACGCGCACAGGCUGGAGACAAGCCCAGGCUCUUCCGCGGUCUUGUCGCCCACGUCAACGGCUACACGCAGCCUUCGCUGAACGACCUGCACACGCUCAUUGUCCAGCACGGCGGCGGCUUCCUGCAGUAUCUCGACGGCAAGACAGCUGUCACGCACAUCAUCGCCAGCAGCCUUACCCCGAAAAAAGUCGUCGAGUUCCGCCAGUACCGCAUCGUGAAGCCGGCGUGGGUCGUGGACAGCAUAGCGGCCGGCAAGCUGCUGCCAUGGAACCACUACCGUGUCGUGGACGAGGGCGAGACGCAAAAAGUGCUGGCUUUCGACAAGGGCUCUGUAGUCAGCACGGCGAACAGCAAGCAGAGGGGCUACCGCGACCAGACGGACAACAGCUGGUACACAGGCCAACUGCGUGCAAGCCAGACCACACCGCCUGCUGCAUUGCAGGCAACAAACCGCUCGCGUUUCGCACGGCAGAAGCUGCCCACACCGGAUGACGACGCUGACGAGAUCGAGGACCUGCCACCAUCACACCAGCCUGAAGAAUCGUCGAGUAGUCAAGUGCGCAAAGCCAAAGAACAGGGCAAAACGCUAGUCUCGCCCCCCAAGACAAGUCCAACCAUCGCACCUGAGCCGUCGCCAGACGAGUUCGGCAACAUCGACGACAUUGCCGACGAGCUGCACGACAGUCUCUACGCGGACCCUACGCCAGCCAGGCCGCUGCCACGCAAGAAGAGGCAGUCUACCCCACCACAGGACCGCAUUCAUGCAGCUGAGAUCGCCGCAAACCCACGCAAGACAGAGCUGACGGCCGAGGAACACAACGCCAUCCUUCUGCGGGACCCCAGGAUUCGCAAAUCCACUGUCGUCGACCCCAACUUCCUUGAACAGUACUACCGUGAAUCAAGAUUGCACCAUCUGUCGACGUGGAAAGCAGACCUGAAGGCUCAGCUGCAAGCCAUGGCUAGCGAGAAGACCGCAACGCAGAAAGCAAAGCAGAAGCGACCCCCAGGCGCACGUCGCUACAUUCUCCAUGUCGACUUUGACAGCUUUUUCGCUGCCGUGAGCUUGAAGAAGAGUCCCGAGUACGAGAACAAGCCGGCUGUUGUUGCACAUGGCCAAGGCAGCGGGUCUGAGAUUGCAAGCUGCAACUAUCCUGCCCGCAAGUACGGUGUCAAGAAUGGCAUGUGGAUGAAGCGUGCGAUGGAGCUGUGCCCGGACUUGAAGAUCUUACCAUACGACUUCCCUGCCUACGAAGAAGCGAGUCGAGCCUUCUAUGACGCGAUACUUGCCACCGGCGGUCUCGUUCAAAGCGUCAGUAUUGACGAGGCUUUGAUUGAUGUGUCCAACAUCUGCGGCGCGAUCGGCGGGAGCGACGGUCGAAAGAUGAACGAGGCUGCUGUGUAUCGUGAGCAAGCCAAAGCCGAUGAGAUUGCCAAAUCUUUGCGAGAACAGAUCAAGCUUCGGACGGAAUGUGAUGUUUCUGUAGGCAUCGGCGGCAACAUCCUCCUCGCCAAGGUAGCCUUGAGGAAAGCGAAGCCUGCAGGUCAACAUCAGAUCCAGCCUCAAGAGGUACUGGAUUUUCUUGGCCAGCUUCAAGUGCAAGACCUCCCAGGCGUUGCAUGGUCAAUCGGUGGAAAGCUUGAAGACGCCGGUGUCAAGCUCGUCAAAGAUCUUCGCGACCUUACCAAGGAGAGGCUCAUUCAGAUCCUUGGCCCAAAGACUGGCGAGAAACUGUACGAGUAUGCGCGCGGCAUUGACAAGCAAGAAGUAGGCGAGCAAGUGAUACGCAAGUCUGUGUCCGCAGAAGUCAACUGGGGUGUCCGCUUUGCAACACAGGAACAAGCUGAGGAGUUCAUCACCAGUCUUUGCAACGAGCUGCAGAAGCGUUUGUUGAAAGAAAAGGUCAAGGGCAAGCAGUUCACCAUGAAGAUCAUGCGCCGUGCAGCAGACGCCCCCAUCGAACCGCCGAAGCACCUUGGUCAUGGGAAAUGCGACACGUUUAAUAAGAGUCUUGUAAUGGGGGUCGCGACCAAUUCCAAGGAGGUUCUGACCAAGGAGGCAAUCGGUAUACUACGAGGAUUUGGGUUUUCUCCCGGUGAGCUACGAGGUAUUGGUGUCCAGGUGACAAAGCUAGAGCCUAUGAAAUCUGCCACCGAUGGCAGUCUCGACGGCUCUCAGCGGCGCCUUCAGUUCAAGAUGCCCACAAAGCCUCUGAGUGCUCGCAAGGGGCCAGCCAGCAGCAUCAUCGAAACGCCAGUCAGUGCUCGUAAGAUACAUGUCAAUGUUCCACCGGAGCCCGCCAGCGUUCGCAACGAGCCAGAAACUGUGCACGAAGAUGUUGUCGAGGAGCCGACCAGUAUCUUCGAGGAGCUUAGAGAAGCCGCCGAUGUUUACGAUUCUUCGUUACCAUUCACAGCGCCAGUUCCAACGCCUACCAGCAUUCGGAAAGCGGCGCCUUCGCCAUUCGUCGAAGCAGAUCCUAUUCAAGACGACCCCGAAACACCACGCAAAUCCAAGACCCCUGCAGCGGCCGACGACCAUGUUGCUUUUGGUGCUGCGCAGCUCAACCAAUCCACCCCCUCGCGUCGCCCGCUCAACAUGAUGGGCACGCAGUUCAUCCUGCCCACCCAGGUCGACCCAAAAGUCCUCGCCGAGCUGCCUCCAGACAUCCGCUCCAAGCUACUUCGUCAACGGCAGUCCUCGCCCACACCCGCUGCACGGAGAGACGACUCGCCUGGUGCCUACGUACCCAGUAGCCCGUCCACGCCUUCGAGCAAAAUGCCUUUUGCUGCGACCGCACUGCCAGCACAGUCCCAACUUGACCCCGAGAUUCUCGCCGCGCUCCCCGACGAUGUCAGGGCGGAGAUCAUGUUACACUACAGCGCAGCAGGUUUGACGCAAUUCUCACCAUCGCGACGACCGAGGGGUGUAGACCAGACGAUUCUCCCACAGAGCCCAAGAAAGAACAGAAUCAUCGGCAUUCCUGCGAAGAAACCGCUACAGAUCAAACGAGGGAGAGGCAGGCCGCCACGAAGCGCAAUGCUGGCCGCUGCAGCGCAGAUGAAAGCAGUCAGCAAGGACGGCAAGACACUCACACAAGCCAACUUCAUCUCGCUCAAGAACCCCGUGCGGCAGCGGAGCGAAGAAGCUGCCGCUGCAGACGCACCAUCAAGGAAAGACGACGCAGACCUCGACCCGGAAUUCCUACAAGCGCUACCGGAAGACGUCAGAAAAGAAGUCAUCGCCGAGCACAAAGCCACCAAACUGCGCGCCUUCCGCCUCGCGCUCCAACGCCCGCGCCCUGGCACCUCCAAACCACCCACCCACCUCCCCCACCUCCCUCACCACCAGCACCAUCACCAACAGACAUGUGCUCGACCCAAGACGAUCCAAGUACCCCGCCCACAGACAGCCUCUUUCACCCGCGAAAAACUCCACGCCGAACCAGACCUGCGCGACGCCAUGCGCGACUGGGUCGGUGAGUUUCGCGCCGAGGGACCCUAUCCCGAGGACGUGGCUGCGCUGUCAAAGUACCUCUCCAAAGUCGUUGGCGAAGAGCGCGAUCUACGCAAGGCGGUUGGGGUGGUCAAGUGGCUUGACUUUAUGGUUGGGGAUGUGGAUGCUGAGGCGGUUGAGGGUGAGGGUGCGGAGGGGACGGAGAGGUGGGAGGAUGCUGUGGAGAGGGUUAAGGCGGGGGUUUGUCGGGCUGCGAGGGCGAGGGGGUUGGGGCGUGUGAGGUUCGAGUGA